AUGCUCCAAAACGCUUGUGAGACGUUGGUGUUGCUUGUCCAGCGCUCCGCCUCACAGGGCGCUGAGCUGCUGGAGCAACUCCUGCGCUUCGCCGAACGGCUUCUGGGACCUGACUUGGAGUGUACGCCAGCUUUCCUCAAGAAGGAUGAUGCAUGCCUCUAUGUUGGGCCAUUGGCCAUGCUCCUUUUUGCAAAUUAUGGUAGGAUGCUUCCAGCCCAAUUGCAGGUGGGGCUCCUCCAAGCCUUGGUCUUGCGCCUCGCUCGCGCGGAGCGGCCAUACUUGCGGCAGGAGCUUGUGGUGGUCUUUGCGAGGCUUCUUCACGAGGACCUGAACGGCUCGCUGCAGGCUCUUGCAGGCAUGGAGGUGCCCGCAAAAGAUGCCAUUCGUGGUGGCCUUGAGUUGCUGAUGUCUACGUGGCUGGCUGUUGCUCCUGAGAUCCGUGCACGGCGUGCGCGUAACGUGACGGUCUCUGCACUUUGCCGUGUGCACGAGCGCAGUAAGGAGGACUCCCAGCUCCGAAGUCUUCUCGGAGAGGCAGCCACACCAGAGCGGUUGCUUCAAGCCAUCCUUUCGGGCCUGGAGUUCGAGAACCUCCGCUGCGGGCAACUUCGAGAAGCCGAGCGCAACCAGGUCCUUGAAGACUCGGACGAGGAGGAUGAGGAGGCUGAUGAUGAGACCCGGAAGCAGAACGUCCUGUUGUCCGACUUCCUUGAUUUGGAGGAGAUUUUUGGGGACGGGGAAGUAGAGCGGAGUCAUAUUCUGGCAUGGAAGGAGCGCUUGCAGCUUCAACCACCCACCAGCGCAUAUGGCAGCAGUGCACAAUGGCAGCUGGCGCUGGACACCUUGCAACAGCUGUGCUUGGAGGAUUUGGAGCUCUUUGGCCUUCAAAGAUACAGCGGAAAGGCAAGGGAAAUGCCCAAUGUCAUCAGCUUCAGCGCUUGCAUGAAUGCGUGCGAGAAAGGAAGCCGCUGGGAGAUGGCCUUGGAUCUGUUGUCACAGAUGCCAGAGGCUCAGAUUGAGCCCAACUUCAUUUCCUUCGGAACUGCUUUGAGCGCGUUAUCCAAGGGUGAAGCCUGGAAAGAAGCUUUGCAGCUCUUGUGCGAGCUACCAGAGAGAGGUAUUGAGACUGGUAUGAUCAGUAUGAAUGCUGCUCUCAGUGCUUGUGGCCGUGCAAGCAAGUGGCAGGAGGCAACAGCCUUGUUCUUCAAAGCACACAGGCAGACGUUGCAGCCUUCAGUGGUCAGCUUCAGCGCAGCCAUCAGUGCAUGUGAGCGAGGUAGCCAAUGGGAGUCUGCUCUGUGCCUUUUUGAGGACAUGCAAUCCUCAGAGAUCACUCCAAACACCAUCAGCUUCAGUGCUGUCAUCAGUGCCUGCGAGAAGGGUGGUCAUUGGGCACUGGCGCUACACUUUCUGUCCCUAACAAAGGAUGCCGAUGUGAUUUGCUACAGCGCUGCAAUGUCUGCCUGUGAGAAAGGGGAGCAAUGGCCAUCGGCACUGCAGCUUCUGCAACAGAUGCCUUUGAGGCGCUGUGCUCCCAACACUGUGAGCUACAAUGCAGCCAUCAGUGCCUGUGAGAACGGCAGCUGCUGGGAAGAAGCGCUGCAGUUGUUUGAAAGCAUGGUCUUGCGAAAGCUACAGCCCAACGUACGGACCUUCAAUGCCCUCAUUAGCGCCUGUCCUGGGUGGCAAAUGGCUGCAGGCCUUUUUGGUGAGUUACGGCGGCUGGUCCUUGAUCCAACCGUGGUCAGCUACAAUGCAUUGAUGGGGCGAUUGGAAACAGAUGGAUCAGCUCAUUGGGAUGAAAGUCUUCGACUUCUUGAGGAACUGCAGGAGAAGGCAAUCCUACCCGAUGUCUUGACCUUCAACACUGCAAUCGCUGUGAACCGCCAAAGGAAGCCAGUGGUGAACAAGUUGCUCGCUGCAAUGCGAUCGAAGAAUCUGGUGCCUGAUGUCAUCAGCUACAACAGCGCGAUUAGUUCUUGCCAGGCAAAUUCAGAUUGGCACGAUGCCCUGCAGUUUUUGGAUGAGAUGUACCUGUCUUCAGUUCCAGUGGACCGCAUCAGUUACAAUGCUGUAUUGAGUUGCUGCUUUGCUGCCUCCCAGUGGCAGAAAGUCUUCCAGCUGCUUGAUGCCAUGGUGGCGGCUGGGAUGGCUGGCUUCACGGCCUCUCGCUAUGACCACCAGUCACAGGCUGGCAGUGCUCUGGACUGCUUCAAACACUCUGUGCUCGUCGCUUUGCUUCAGCGCUUCGCCCAGGACCCUGCUCCUUUCACGUAUGUGGACACGCAUGCUGGGCGUGGUAUCUAUGAGCUGGCAGAAGAUGGAAACUUUCGGCAUGGCAUCACGCGGCUGGUCGCCAACAAUACCUCUUCUUUCAGGUGCGGGCCAUUGGCAGAGUUUCUGGCAGUGCAGCAAAAGCUUUUCCAAGGAGCCCCCCCUUGCGAAUCGCCAGUACAUGGGCUCUGCUUGCUUGUCUUUGCUGUACUUGCGGCCACAUGA